AUGAAUAUUUCUCAGUCUCAUGUGGGCCUGGCCCCUGUGCUGCCUCUCACCAGUUUUGGCAACGUGCUUUUAUUUCUUUUUAACGCAGUUCACGCCACUGCAAUUGUUUUUCUUAACGCGUCCGUUUUUCUUUCCAUAAUGGUAAACCGAGCUCUGCGCAGCGAGAAUCGCUUCAUGUACAUGCUCAGCACGUGUCUUAGUGACAUCUGCUCAGGUGUGUCUUAUUAUUACAGCGGACUUUUGGACGUGAGCGAGGAUUAUAACUCCGCAACACGCACCUACUAUAUUGUUCCCACUUUUUUGGGUUUGUCCUACAUGGCGAUUCUAGCCGCGCAGGCGGACCGGUUCCACGCUAUCACUGCUCCUUUUAAAUAUUCCCAACGCAUGACCCGUAACAGAACCUUACUGGUGAUACUGGCGUACUGGGUUUAUGCUUUUGCGAUUGUGGCUGUUCAAAAUCUGGUGCCUAAAGGAGUCUAUAAGAGUGUGACGGGCAUUGGUACUUUGGUGGCAAACAUUUUCACAGUUGUAAUUAUGAUUGGGUUAAACAUCAGACUGUUUCUCAUUGCCAAAUAUCAGCUUGAACGCGAACCCCCGAGCGCGGAACGAGACAACAAGCGCGCGUCCGUGUAUCUUAUCAUUGUAGUUGCUGUGUGCUUUCUGGUGGCGUGGUUGCCAUUUUUUAUUUAUAUUAUAGUGUGUAUGUUCAGGGGUAAUGUGUGCUAUAUUGUAAAAAAUGAAGGGACAGACCCUUUGCGUAUUUUGGCACGUCUCAGCACAAUUAUCACCCCCUUACUGUAUAUCAAAGGCUGUCAUGCGCUCAGGAGCACACUACUAAGUCAAGUCUGGAGAACAACAUGCUGCAUGAAGAAAGGGUAA